GCGGAGGGUUACAUCGCAUCGCUCAGUCCAUAAACAGGGGCGACCCACGUUGCUCAGCAUUCAGUUCCGUUGGAGCUUCUAGCCAGUUCACAACAGUGCUCUCUGUUUACUACUACUACUACACUUCCUCACAACCGUGGCUCAUUGAGUGCCCGCGCUACUCGAGUUGAUUGUGUGACUUGUGUGAAAAAUUUUGAAAACCAAACAAUUCUUUCGAAAAAGAAACAACUAUUUUACAAAUUUACCAAACAUUUCCGAAUUGUUUAUUCGGAGUCUGCUUUUUAAAUUUCCUCGAUUUUGAAAAAUGUUUUCCCGAAAAUUGUGCAGUGUUUUGACGCCUGUUAAACGCACGGAUAAAGACGACGCAUACGUUGCCAUGUCAAACGGAAGUCGUCCUAGUAUGUCGUCAGCGUCUUCGCAGCAGCCACUCCUGACGGACCGAGAGACCUUUGCUCGCAGCUACCGAGUUGGUCACAUCUUGGGAAAAGGCGGAUUCGGUACCGUCUACGCGGGAAUCCGCGUCCGCGACGGCCUCCCCGUGGCCAUUAAGCACGUCCCGAAGAGUUCCGUCACCGCUUGGGGCCAAGUGAACGAUACAAGAGUCCCGCUUGAAUAUUGUCUUCUUCGUCAAGUUUCACAAUGCAAUGGCGUCGUCAGAUUGUUGGACGCUUGCGAUACGGGCGACGUCUUCGUCGUCGUCAUGGAGCGGAUGGAAUCGUGCAAAGAUCUGUUUGACUUUAUCACGGAACGAGGUGCUCUACCCGAAACUAUGGCCAAGAAUUUUUUCCGCCAGGUGGUCGAAGCCGUCAUUCAAUGCCAUCGUGCUGGAGUUGUUCACCGUGACAUUAAGGAUGAAAACAUUUUGGUGGAUUUGAAAACUCUGACCCUUAAGCUGAUCGACUUUGGCUCUGGCGCCUACGUUAAGGACACUUACUUUACCGAUUUUGACGGAACUCGAGUUUACUCUCCACCCGAAUGGAUCAACCACCGGAGAUACAUGGGCACGCCCGCUACUGUCUGGUCGAUGGGCAUCCUUCUGUACGAUAUGGUCUGCGGUGAUAUUCCCUUCGAGGAGAAUGAGCAAAUCGUCAGCGCCAUUCUCAAUUUCCCAACGUCGAGUUCGGGACACGAAAUUGUCUCGCGACAGUGCCAGGAUCUGAUCCGCAACCUCCUCGAGUACUCUCCAUCAGACCGACCGAGUCUGGAGCAAAUCCUGUCUCAUCCGUGGUUCUACCCGGACGUGGAAGUGACGAAAGUCGACGAUUGUUCACCCUCUGACUGUCUUGCCGCCAUGGGGUCAUCCUCACCAACGACGACUUCAUCCAGCGCAGGAUCCAUACCUGUUCCGUCACCUCGUCGGGCCUCCUUCACCUUGGGUGGCUCUUUGCCUUACUCGCUGACACCAUCCGCCUCGACAGCUUCGUCUUCACGCAACAGCAUGACGGAAGAGGUUGACCUGCUCGACUGCGAGUACGCCAUGGAGGCCGUCAUCUAUCACGAGGAGCAAUGGGCUCAUUAACAAGAAAAAGAGUUUCUUCAACAAAUACUCUCAUUCUAAUGAUGACCCCUAACUUUAAAUAACCUUCACAUCCAUCACCGUAGUCAGCGGUGUUAAUGGACCAAAGAUCUUUUCCCGUCUCCUUCAACUCUUUUGUAUAGUAACGAAAAACUAAAAAUUGGUGUGGUUUGCUGUCGGUAACAUCUCAGGCCAAAUGACAGAUCUUCAACUCGCCUGGCAAAAAUCCUAUAGACGAAUGUCGGAAAUGAGGAAGAAGUGUUGGUAAAAUAACCAAUGUGCUCAGGGUAAAACAAUCGAAUUGUGGAGAAGAGCGGUGUGUAAACGGCACGGGAGACGUCAAAAGAGUUCCUAUGCAAUCCUUAAAAAUUGAAAAAAAUCAGUCCUGGCGUGUGUAUUAUGUAUAAAAGAAGAUAUCAUGUAUGCCAUCGUGCCUUACUCCUGUAACUGACGUGCCGAGUGUGUGAUCCUCGCGAUUCUCCUGUCAUUCGACUUUGAAUUUAUUGUACAGAUAUUCGGUUUGUAAAUAUGACGCGCCGUGUCAAAAUUCGCCUAUUUUUCUAGCCAGAAAAUAUGAAAUUUUUUUUCGUGUGUGUGUUUGUCAAUCCCUAAACCGUUUUUCUGCGUGUAUUUGUGUGUGACUUGUGUGUGUUUGUACGAAAUCAAGUGUUUUUUUUUUUUUUCGGUUUUGCUUGUGUGUUAUGUGCCUCAUGAUAAUAUAACUGAUGAAAUACUGA